UGAUCGGUGAGAAGGCGAUGAUGCCAUUCUUGACAGAUAUUAACAAUCUGAAGAUGACGAAGAUCAAAGAAUGCGCGGAUAAGGCAGUGAUAGUCGUCAAAGUGACGAGUGAUACGAAGGAGCAGGAACGAUCCAACACCGCUCCGGUUAAAGUGGAAUCGCAGCGAGCGAACAAGGCGAGCAAGGAGAAUUCGAAGAGUGGCAAGCCGAGUGCCGCGAGAAGACUCAACACCGCAGCCGGAAAGAAGGCAGCGACUAAGAAAGCUGGCGAUUAUUCGUCGCUCACAAAUCUGGCGACGUCAAAGAAAGCAGUUCAGAUGGAGAAGAAUUAUAGUCUAAAUGAGAUUGAGGUGAUGGUGGCGCAGUAUUUGCCAGCCGAGAUAAUCACCCGUCUCGUAGCCAGUAACAGCAAGAUUGCACUAGCAGCUCUAGGUAUAUGCAAAAUAUUGGCGACGACUAUUGGACCACCAGUUAAGCAACACGUUCGCGCUCUGUAUUAUAUAUUUAUAUGUGCAUUUACGCUCGUGUGUAUCUACUACAUCUACAUAAAUUCUUAGAGGCUUUCUUAUGAUUGGUACCGACUGACACACUCGCAUCCUCGAUACACAUUCGGCCCGAAACGGAAAAACUUAUCGUUACUUUUUCUCAAAUAUAUGUUUUAAAAAAUCUCUCUUUGUUUCUCUUCCGCCACCCUUUCCCUUUUCCUCCCUUCCCCCAGAGUACAUUUUGUCUCGCAUUGCCAACGUAAAACGAAAAAAAAAGAAACGAAAAAAAAAAAUAGAUACGUAUUUCAAACGAUUGAUAACGACGAGCAGAACGUGUGGCGAAAAAAAGAAGCCUGUUUUCUUAGAGG